CGUUUACGUCGAUCGUCCCGUCGACCAUUAAAUCAAGUAAUGACACGUCGUACAUCGCCAGCACAAUCUGUGAUAGGAAGACAAUCAUCAAGUCAUAGUAGCAGUUCUGAAGAUGAUGCCGGUGAUCUUGAUAAGAAAAUGAGAAGAUUAACUACUGAAAAGUCGUCAAGAAGAUCCCCUAAACGACGAAGUGAUGAUGAGGAUGACGAGAGAACAUGUGAGGAUAACAAAAGUGUAAUGUGUUAAAGUCUGUUGCCAUUGCAAAGAAAAGAAUGAUGUGUGAGAAAGAUGUGGAAACAAGAAAAGACAACAAGAGAACGAAUAAUGAAGACUCUCAAAUAAAUGAAUUAUCAAAUAAAAAUAAUUCUGGUACUGUUGAGGUAAAUAAUGCUAAUAACGUCGUUGAACAUAACGUAUGUUUCACUCGUGAUGAAGAAAACAUUGAAACUGAAAACCAACUCAUUCACAACAGUUUUAUCGAAGGUUGUAAUGUUAAAACUAUCGCAGACACCACUUGCAAAGAGGAAACAAUGAACGAAGCCAGUUUAAGAGAUAGUAUAGAGGAAAUAAGGACAACACAAGAUAAUAAACGGGAAAGUGGGAGUAAACAUGGAGCAGUUACUGUUUUUGUAAGACAUGUUGGUGAGGAUGUGAAGAAAAACGAAACAGAUAAUGUAAAGGAAUAUAAACAAGAAGAAUUCAAAUCGGAAAAGUUACAAGAUGAAAGCGAGAAUGUUUUAGUGAGUAUGGAGGAUCUUUCAAACUGUAACAAAUCACUGGAUAAUGAUAUCAAUGACAUAGAAAUGGUAAUGAUGAAAAAGGAACGUGAAUUAUACAGACCAGCGGUAAGAACUAUAUUUAAUAAUCCUAAAAUAUCACGUGUUACCAGUAACUGUUGUAUUCUUAUUUGAGGCUGGUUCCUCAUUCGUAAAUACUUGUAUUUAUAUUAAAAUCUUAGUAGCUACAUAUAUAUGUAUAUCGAAGUAUAUGAAAUUAUUCAAAAUAUAACUCUCGCAUGACGAAGGGAAAA